UUUGUGAUUCCUUUUGAUCAAAUCUCUGUGAGAGACGCGUGUCAUGCCCUCUUCCAGCCAGCUGUGAGGGGACUGGCCCGCCACCCAGUGGGGGAGGUGUGUGUGUGUGUGUGUGUGUGUGUGUGUGAGAGAGAGAGAGAGAAAGAGAGAGAGAUCUCCUAAGGUGAGAGGCAGAGAGUUCGACGGGUAGGAGGGUCUCAUUCCACUCCCCAGCGCCCAGUUCCAGCACACACUCAUCCUGGACACGCUCACACACUCACACGGGCCUGCGGACGCGCGCAGCGAUUGUCGAUUGCAGGAGAAAGUGUGUGUUGUGUGGGUGAGUGUGACUGAACUGUGAGUGAUGGAUCUCUCGCAGUAGAAGGGAGAACUUGUACAGGCAGGAGCUGCUGGAAUGGCAAACUGCUCAGAAACACUGGAAACUUCUGUCUGAUCAAAAUGUCUGAGGCUAUUUGCUGCACGGUGGUGAACUGCAACUGUGACAGUUUCAAACCUGGUAAACUGAGGCGGCGUCUCUGUGAGCACUGCAGGCACGGCUGGGUCGCUCAUGCUCUGAGUAAGCUGAAGGUUCAUCACAUGUACCAAGGAAGCCAGGUAGAGAUUGUUCACUCCAAUGUGGUAUUUGAUAUCUGUAGUCUGAUGCUUUAUGGGACGCAGGCGAUUCCAGUGCGUCUCAAGAUCCUGUUGGACCGCCUCUUCAGCGUUCUUAAGCAGGAGGAGGUCAUUCAAAUCCUAAAUGCACUGGACUGGACUCUCCAGGACUACAUUCGUGGUUACGUCCUGCAGGAUGUGGCCGGUAAGGUAUUGGACCGCUGGGCCAUAAUGACCUUUGAAGAGGAGAUCGUUACACUGCAGCAGUUCCUGCGCUUCGGAGAGACCAAGUCCAUCGUGGAGCUCAUGGCGCUGCAGGAUAAGGAGGGACAAGCAGUCGUAGUCCCAACUACAAGAACCAAUUCUGACAUCCGCAGCUUCAUUGAAAGCAGUACGCAGCGGCCUGUGCGUCUGCCUGCUAAAGCCGAAGCACCUGGUUGCAGUAACGGUCAUCAUUUUGAAACGCUGGUCAACAGUAUGGCCCUCAUGCUGCCGCUGCAACUGCUGAAUUCUGUUUCUGCACCAUUGCUGAGCUCCAGCAGUGAUUCCAGCCACCAGGAGGCACCAACAAGACACGAGACUUCAGACGUGAGUCUCGACACCGCUCCAUUCGACGCUGGCCCCUUAAGAGCUGAGAUGCUGCUGGACGCAGAGUCUCCAAAGAUGGAGUCGGAAGAAUUUAACGUGAGUGGGAACUCCUCUCCCGCCACACCUUGCACUCCGUCCAUGGCUUCUGAAAUCACACACAUGUCUCCAGAAAACAAGGUACGGUGUGCAGAGAAGAAUGGAUCCUUAAAGAAAGGCCGCGUGUUCUGCAGUGCCUGUGAGAAGACCUUCUACGACAAAGGCACUUUGAAAAUUCACUACAAUGCUGUCCAUCUGAAGAUCAAACACAAGUGCACCAUUGAGGGCUGCAACAUGGUCUUCAGCUCCUUGCGCAGUCGGAACAGGCACAGUGCAAACCCGAACCCACGGCUGCACAUGCCCAUGAACCGCAAUAAUCGCGAUAAGGACCUGCGGGGCGGUCUGAGUCCGAGACAGGAGGACGACGCAGAGUGUGAAAAGCGAGAAUUCACUGCCAUCCCAGAGAGCAGGACCGUCUCAAGUUUCAUCAUCCGCAACUCAGAGCCCAAACUCCACAGCUCUUUAUCUGGCAUGAGUCAGAGCGGCAUCCUCUUUCCCAAUCUAAAGACUGUGCAGCCCGUGCUUCCCUUUUACCGGAGCCUGGUGACCCCUGCCGAACUGGCUCAUACACCGGGCAGCCUGCCCUCUCUCCCUCUUCUGUCUUCCUCCGUGCCCGUCAGCACCAGUCUCAUGCAGAGUGGCUCCGAGCCGGUGCCCAAGAAGAAGUCUCGAAAGUCCAGCAUGCCCAUUAAAAUUGAAAAGGAUGAGCUGGCAGUGGAGGGCGUGUCCGAGGAGGAGACUCCACCCCUCAGCCCCUGCACAGACAUAGAAAAGUGUAACAUCAACAGCAUGGGACAAGAACUUGUGGAACGUGAUGCCAGAUCCGGCCUCAACUUAUUGGACACACAAUGGGACAAACUAACUCAGGAGGACAAUCAUAUCAUCUCGCCGUCAUCUCCUUCUCUCUUUCACAAUAAACAGAAUGAUGAGAAAGAAAGAGAGUCCUCAAAAUGUGAAGAACCAGCAUGUAGUUCGCGUCCAGAGCUGCCCUGCGGCCACCGACCGACCCAUUUCACACAUGCCAGUGAAAACUGUGCAGACAGCUGCAGCGACCCAGAGACCAUAUGUCCAGAUGAUAAAGACGAGCAGGCGCACCCGUGCGAGAUCUGCAGUAAGACGUUUAAAAACCCUUACAGUGUCAAAAUGCAUUAUCGCAACGUGCACUUAAAGGAGAUGCACAUGUGCACUGUGGAUGGCUGCAAUGCUGCUUUUCCGUCCCGGCGAAGCAGAGACAGACACAGUGCAAACCUGAAUCUGCACCACAGGCUGUUGACCAAAGAUCAUUCAGGAACAUCUUCUCUCCGCAGAGAGCAUCCCGACCUCCCUCACAAAGAGCCCCUCUGCCAGAUGUCUGUCAUCCUCAAAGAGAGUCACCGUACGGGCCUCGUCUUCCCCAUGAGUAAAUCACUGGAGAGAGCAUCUGAGCCGGUAGAGGGCGCUGUGGAGAAUGAAGCAGUGCUGGACCUGAGCACCAGAGGAAGCGCCCAUUCGUCCUGGGACUCAGACAUGGGCAGUGAGGAAGGGCUCCCUCUGGAGGACAGUGACGAGAGCUGUGACGGAGUGACCCCAUCUCCGCCUUGCCUCAGUCAGCAGACGAAUAGCUCAUCACCCAUCACCUGCCAUCUUUGUCAGAAAGUUUACAGCAACAAAGGCACAUUCAGGGCUCAUUACAAAACAGUGCACCUUCGCCUUCUUCACAAGUGCAAAGUUCCAGGGUGUGACACUACGUUCUCCUCUGUUCGGAGUCGCAAUAGACACAGUCAGAAUCCAAAUCUACAUCGCAACCUUGCAAUGAAUACCUCUCUGAAUCAAGAGUAGGGCACAUGCUCAGAGCCAUAAUCUCCAAAAUAUAAAUAGUCAAAGAUUUACUCCUAACUCCUAAUUCGGGUUCAGAGGCACUUCGCUCUUUGUACUGCACAAUCAAGCACAACUGGAAGGACACAAUCAUAUUUAUAAAAAACCCGAUGUCGUUUACCUUUUUAAUGUUGAGAUAUGUUUUUCAUCUCUAAUGUAAUAUCUACUUGACAAACAUUCCUUAUAUUUAUUGAUUUUUUAGAGUGGGACAGAAAGAUGCCUAUAAAUGACAGAGCAAAAGAACGAAAAGACGGAGGUGCUGUGCACAUGAGAAAGCACAUUUUAAUAACCUUAAAACAAUCAGUGCUGUUAUACAGUAUGUUAAGUCCCUCAUUCUUUAUCCAAAGCCACAUAACAAUCAUGUCUUGUUUUCCUUCUCUGCACUUAUUCAUUGAGAGGACAAGUCCCUCCUCAGCAUGAGACAGAGGCAGAACAUUGAUACAGAGUCUACAGCAGAUGAGAGAGUGACUGUUAGAAAGAGUGAUCGAGUGAGUGUUGGUGAGAAAGUGAUGAGGAGCAUGGGCUGUUUGAAGGCGCAGGACUCACGUUAUCAUGUGCUGCAGUCAAUUUUCUGCUAGUAUAUUUGUGUUUGCUUGCUGUUCAGAUUCUUUUUAUUACAAAAGAUUCAGUGAAGUUGAUAGAUUGUGUUGCUGUUCCAAUCAAUAUGCUGUUUAAAGAGGCUGUUGUGUUCCUGUUGAGUAAGUUGUUGUGUGUAAAUUUGAUUUUUAGGGGCCAAGCACCUGCAGUGUUUGUUCAUUGUCAAAUUCUUCUUGUGUCGUUGGAGUUCCUGGACCAAAUUUGGCUACUGUCACUUAAACUCUGUAACACCAAACAGUUCAGUCUUUACCUUUCAACCAAUCAUCUUAGUAACAAAUGUUUGUGAUAACAUCCAUUUGGCAGGAUUCUUUUUGUCUUCACAUUAUUCUUGUUGUGAAAUCUCAUGGUCUUGUUGUCUUGGUUAUUUAAGUCUGAAUCCUUCUCGUCUCAGUCGUUUUCACAUGUGUUACAUUAAAUCAUUUUAACUUCUUUAAUAUUACAUUGAGUCAGCUCGUAACUGUUGCUGUCGUGCUUGGCCCCUUCAUUGCUGCUUGCAGCUAUAUUGCUAUAGUUGUUAUUCAUGUGGAGACCAAAGAUUCUUAUUCCAGGAUGGUGUUAAGCAUCAGACUGCACACAUGGACACGCACAUAAGAAAGAUUCAGUUUUGUAACACAUUUUCAUCAGUUCAGUGUGAUGUUGCUCUACAAUGAGUUUAAUGUCAGAGCGGUCAAAGGACUGACGGUCAAAGGCUUAGUCUGAGGACAGCAGACGAGGACAUACUGAUGUAAAUCAGAGCAGAACGAAUCGAGUCUUACACUGGCUCCCACAAGCACACACAAACCUGUGUACAUUUAUUCUUUUAACUUUGUUUUCUAUGUAAAUUCUUUUGUAAUCUGCCCUCCUCCCCUCCACCAGACGUGUAUGCUGAAAUGUAAUAAGAAGGGUUAUCAGGAUAAUAAUACCAGUCUAAUCCACAAUCAUUUAUUUGUGUUUAAUAAAAUAAAUUUGUGUGUCAAUAAACAGUUAUUUAAAAA